UCCUGAGCGGCUCGUGGCGAUUGGGUGCGGCGGGUUGGCCAAUGAGCGGGUUCUGCGGUGGCGCGUAUCUCCUGUCGAAGGACGGUGCUGUGGCGGGCACUUUGUUGCCAGCAGUGGGGGGGAAAAUCAAGGCGCUUUUAAGGGACCCUGCGGGUAUCGGUGCUUGGCGGCUGCAUCAUGGCUUGGAGAUUUUUGAGAGACUUUUCAUGGGAAUUGGAUCCUGACAUUUAUGGAGACAGACAUUACAACCCCUUUACUCGUGAAUUUUAUCCCAGCCUAGAGGAUGUCAUUGGGACAGCUAUUGCUGGUAUGACUGAUGAAGAUACAGAUUCAGCUAUCUUGUUUGGAACACUAAGAGGCAACAUUGUUGGAUUGCGCUAUUAUACAGGUGUGGUCAAUAAUAACGAAAUGGUUGCGCUCCAGCGAGAGCCUAACAAUGUAUAUGACAGGAAUGCUGUAAGAGUAAACAAUGCGAAUGGAGACCAGGUUGGCCACAUCAAAAAAGAGCUAGCAGCAUCCUUGGCAUACAUCAUGGACAACAAGCUGGCAGUGGUGGAAGGGAUUGUUCCUCGUGGAGCAAAUAAUGCUUUCACUAUGCCAGUGCAGCUGAGUUUUUGGGGAAAGGUGGAAAAUAAGCAAGUGGUUCUACAACGGCUAAAUAUGCAUGGAUUUAAGUUGGCUCCUCCAGGAAAAUCCUCAGCAGCUGGUUUUGAAUACAGCUGGACAUCUGGAAAAGCUGGCUCAAGUUAUAAUGCUCCAAUCCAUGCUGCUGUACAAAUGACAACUGAACAGCUCAAAACUGAAUUUGACAAACUUUUUGAAGAUCUGAAAGAAGAGGAUAAAACUCGUGAAGUGGAAGCAGCCGAGGCUGUUGUAACACCAUUACUUCCACAUCAGAAGCAAGCUUUAGCUUGGAUGAUUUCACGUGAGAACAAUAAGGAGUUGCCUCCAUUUUGGGAAGAGAGGAACGACUACUACUACAAUACGAUUACAAACUUUGCUGAAAAAAGGCGACCAGAAAAUGUUCUUGGUGGAAUUUUGGCAGAUGAUAUGGGAUUGGGUAAGACACUUACUGCGAUUGCAGUUAUUCUUACCAACUUUCAUUAUGGCAAACCUCUUCCUGUGGAAAAGAAAUGUGAUCAAUUGAAGGAGAAACCUGUUACUGCAGUGAAGAAGAACUUAAAAGGACCGAAGCGUAACUUGCAGGAUAGUGCUUCUGAUAUAAAAGAGGAAAGUGAUUCUCUUCUGUCUCAGUCAUCUCAUUCCCGUCCAAAAAGAGCUAUAGGCAAGAAGCCAAAGUAUACAGUGAGCAGUGACUCAGAGCCUGAAGAGCAAAUAACCCCAAAACCCCAAACCAAAACUCAAAAGGCAUGUCCAGCAACCAGAAAGAAUAGAAAAAAUAUGACAACUGAUGUUGAUGCCAUAGUUGACCGUCCUUCCUCAUCAAAGGCAGCAGCUGGUGAUAUUCAGGAAGAUAACACAUUUGCCUCUGCUCUUGGGGAACUGCCUGCUACUUCAAAAAAGGGAAAGAAAAAAGGUUGUCGUACUGCACAGUCUAAGAAAAGUGAAGCUGAAGAGAAACUUAGAGCAACUCUGAUCAUUUGUCCACUUUCUGUCCUAAGCAACUGGAUUGACCAGUUUGAGCAACAUGUUGAUUCAGAUCUUCAACUGAACAUUUAUGUUUACUAUGGUUCAGAGCGCACCAAAGAUCCAGCAAUCCUUUCAAGACAAGAUGUUGUCUUAACAACCUACAAUGUUUUAUCUAGUGACUAUGGAGCCAGAGGUAAGAGUCCUUUACACAAAAUAAAGUGGUUGAGAGUGGUGUUGGAUGAAGGACACACAAUACGAAAUCCAAACGCUCAACAAACUAAAGCUGUGCUAGACCUGGAUGCUCAGAGAAGAUGGAUUUUGACAGGCACACCUAUUCAGAAUUCCCUAAAGGAUUUGUGGUCUCUUCUCUCCUUCUUAAAGCUGAAACCUUUUACAGAUAGAGAGUGGUGGCACCGAACAAUCCAGCGUCCUGUCACUAUGGGAGAUCAAGGAGGGCUUAAGCGCUUACAAUCUCUUAUUAAAAGCAUUACACUCUGAAGAACUAAAACAAGCAAAGUUAAUGGGAAGCCAGUUUUGAAUCUCCCAGAACGCAAAGUAUUUAUUCAGCAUAUUACGCUUACAGAUGAAGAAAGGCUAAUCUAUCAUUCUGCAAAAAAUGAGAGCAUAGCUGCUAUUAGCAGGUAUUUUGACGAGGGAACUGUCUUGACCCAUUAUGCAGAUGUUCUUAGUGCUUUGCUCAGACUGAGACAGCUUUGUUGUCACCCAGGUCUUUGUACAACUGUGUCCUCUUCCAGCUCUGCAGAAGGUAAUGGUACUCCUGAAGAAUUGCGUGAAAAAUUAAUCGAAAAGAUGAAGUUAGUUCUAAGCUCUGGCUCAGAUGAAGAAUGUGCUAUUUGCUUGGAGUCCCUGAACUUUCCAGUGAUAACACACUGUGCUCAUGUAUUCUGUAAGCCAUGUAUCUGUGAAGUCAUCCAAAGGGAGAAGCCAAAUGGCAAGUGUCCACUUUGCAGGAAAGAGGUUGCAUUAGAACAUCUGGUAGAAUGCCCUUUAGAAGAAUCUGAUGGUGGGGAAAAGGCUGACCAGGAAUGGGUAUCCUGUUCAAAGAUCAAUGCUCUGAUGCAUGCUUUGAUAGAUCUAAGGAAACAGAAUCCAACUAUUAAGAGUUUAGUUGUUUCUCAGUUCACGAAAUUUCUGUCUCUAAUAGAGAUACCACUGAAGGAAUCAGGGUUUGCCUUCACUCGUUUGGAUGGGUCCCUGACGCAGAAGAGACGAGUAGAAGCAAUCCAGCAGUUCCAAAGCAAUGAAGCAGGGUCCCCAACUAUAAUGCUUCUGUCUCUAAAAGCUGGAGGUGUUGGUUUGAAUCUCACUGCAGCUUCAAGGGUAUUCUUAAUGGAUCCAGCUUGGAAUCCUGCUGCAGAGGACCAGUGCUUUGAUAGAUGUCACAGACUUGGACAGAAGUUGGAUGUUGUCAUCACCAAGUUCAUUGUGAAGAACUCUGUGGAAGAAAAUAUGCUGAAAAUCCAGAACAAGAAGAGAGAACUUGCAGCUGGAGCCUUUGGAACCAAAAAACCUUCUAGCGAAACAAAAAUUAAUGAAAUUAAAACAUUGAUGGAUUUGUGAUUUUGAGAUGUUAGGACCAUAUCUAAUGCAUAAAGUCACAGUUGAGACUGAGAUGCUAUCUGUUCAGCAUUUACAUAGUGUUCAGUAUAAAUAAUAAUGUAUUAAAUCAUAGCCAUGCACGAAGUGUGCUGUAAAGUGAGUAGGUGAGGAAAGAACUGCAUCUAAUUUUUUGUUUGUUAUUAGACUCAGGUUUGGGGACAGUGAAAUGUGGAUUUCAGAAGCAGAAACGAAAGAGUGUUGUGUCACGCCCUGCCCCCGGGAACAUAAAUAUUUUCAUGCUUGUUUCUUCUGAAAUUUUCUCAGUGUGGAUCUUGUGGAUCCUUCAAAAUAAGGAAUACUCGCUGACAUGAUGUGCAGGUAUAAUGGGCACAGAAUUAAUCAAUGUUACCAUUGUAAUGGACAUGGAAACAGCAACUCUACUGUUUCUGACCUGCAGUUUCUCCCAUUUGCAAAAAUGGGAGAAACAGGGACACUGCUUGUGGAACUGCCUGUCAGAAACAGGCAGUACUGCUUUCAUGUCCACAGCAGUUUCCAUCCCCGUUAGAUUUGUGCAUCAUGUCAGCACUAAAGUGUGUGUGUGUUUUAAAGCACAGAGAAACUAAUUUUCUAACUCAGAGCAUCACAUUUUAAUUUGUGUUCUAGGCAGAUUGCCAACAGCAAUAGUUGGUACAUGCAAAAAUAUGCUUUUGCCCUCUGGAAUGGAUUGUGGCCUACAUGCAAACUAAGAGUUGCACGUGGGAAAUGUGCACGCAAGGGAUGAUUUUUAGCAAUCCUCCUACAGUUUCCUGAAAAUGUGUUCCUGAGAGUUGGAGGACCAUCAUUCUUGAGAGGUACAGGCAACUGCAGAGGGAACGAUUGUUUUUACUAGACUUUAUUCAAACAAUUAUAACCUUGUAAGUUAAAGUUAAGUGGGUUUUUUCAGUGUUAUAAUUUCUGAGUCUCCGUGUUGAAGAUUUAUGUUCAUUACUGCAUAUCGAAUUUUGCACCUAAUGUAUAGCAAGACUCUGAACUUGUAACAGACUGUUUAAUGGAAAACAAAUGUUUGAGUUGAUCAUCUGCUUCUUUAUGGUGUCAGUCAAUCAAAAAAUAGCAUUUCCCAAAUAGUAAAAUCUCAGCAGCUUAGUGCCAGUUUAAUUCUAGCUAAAUAAAAAUUCUGCUUUAUCCAGACAUAAAAUUUAA